UCAACGAGAGAAUAUGAUGCCUCCUGCAAGUCAACUCCUGUACUUUAGCUAAUAUAGAUAGCUAGCUGAAAUAUUAUAGCUCUAUUGUAUUGGAGAACGUGGCGUGACAGCCGUAAAUGUCCUCUGUCGUCUCGUUGGUCUGAAGGGUCGUUAAGGUUCAAACUGUCUGGGCGACCGAGAAUUGUACUUCGUCUAUUUUGAAUAGACACAUUUUAGCGGGCGGUUUGUUUUCCCUUCCUUGUUAUCUGUAGGCUCAAGUCGCGAACCCCUACCUCCUCACCCCAAACCACAUUUAAUACAGCAUGGUCAUGCCUGACAAUCACCAAAAACCGAUGGUCCGGGGUCCUGUCCGAGUGGGCUUCUACGAUAUCGAACGUACUCUGGGAAAGGGUAAUUUCGCCGUUGUGAAGCUGGCUAGACAUCGCAUUACCAAGACCGAGGUUGCCAUUAAAAUCAUUGACAAGAGCCAACUAGAUGCUGUGAACCUGGAGAAGAUCUACCGGGAGGUACAGAUCAUGAAAAUGUUGGACCACCCGCACAUCAUCAAGUUGUACCAGGUAAUGGAGACCAAGAACAUGCUCUACUUGGUGACAGAGUAUGCCAAAAACGGGGAGAUUUUUGACUACCUGGCCAAACACGGGCGACUGAGCGAGCUGGAAGCGCGGCGCAAGUUCUGGCAGAUCCUAUCAGCGGUGGAGUACUGCCACAACCGUAACAUAGUCCACCGAGACCUGAAGGCCGAGAACCUGCUGCUGGACGGACACAUGAACAUCAAGAUAGCAGAUUUUGGCUUUGGGAACUUCUUCCAGCCCGGGGAGCCCCUGGCCACGUGGUGCGGCAGCCCCCCCUACGCCGCUCCGGAGGUGUUCGAGGGACAACAGUACGAGGGGCCCCAGCUGGACAUCUGGAGUAUGGGGGUGGUGCUGUACGUGCUGGUGUGUGGCGCCCUGCCCUUCGACGGCCCCACCCUGCCCGUGCUCCGACAGCGUGUCUUGGAGGGUCGCUUCCGCAUCCCCUACUUCAUGACAGAAGACUGCGAGCACCUGAUCCGGCGGAUGCUGGUUUUGGACCCGUCCAAACGUCUGUCGGUGGCCCAGAUCAAGGAGCACAAGUGGAUGGCACUGGACGUGCCGGUGCAGAGGCCCAUGCUGUACCAGCAGGAGGGCGACCUGGGUGUGGGCGAGUACAGCGAGCAGGUUCUACGGCUCAUGCACAGCCUGGGCAUUGACCAACACAAGACCAUCGAGUCUCUCCAGAACAAGAGUUACAACCACUUUGCUGCUAUCUACUACCUGCUGGUGGAGCGUCUCAAGGCCCACCGCUGCAGUUUCCCUGUGGAGCAGCGGCUUGACGUACGCCAGCGCCGGCCCAGCACCAUCGCCGAGCAGACUGUCGUCAAGCCAAGCGAGCUGAGCGGUGGCUCCCCCCAGGUGGGUCUCCUGCCCCAGGGGGUGCGGGGUCUCCUACGCUCCCCAGUGCUGCCCCAAGCCUCUAUCGAUGCCUUCAACUUCCCACAGUCGCCGCUUCUGCCCGAGCACAGCUUCAUGGUCGAGGACGUGGCCACUCCUAAAGUGAAUGGCUGCAUGCUGGACCCCCUGCCCCCCACAGUGCUGCGCAAGUCCAGCGUGUCGUCACCCAGUAACAUGAUGGAGACAUCCAUCGACGAGGGCAUAGAGACGGAGGAGCCCGACGCCGAGGACGACCCCGCCCACUUCUUCUCCGCCUUCCAGACGGCCCGCUUCGGCCAGCGCCGACACACCCUUUCCGAGGUCACUAACGAGCUAGGCCCUGUCAUCAACCAAGGUAAACUGUUCACAAUGGGCCACAACCCGUCCCUGGGCAGCGUGGACUCUGACAUGGGCUACGACAUGGGCUCCUUGCACAGUGACCUGGGUCUGCUGGAGGACGCCCCCUCUCUCAGCGAGGUGGUCCUGGCCAACACCCACAGCUCGGGGUCCCACGUGACCCAGGGCCCCUUCAUGAGCCAGCGGCCCCCCAACCCCACCAUGCAGGCCCUGAGCUCCCAGAGGAGAGAGACCAACAACCGCUCGCCCAUCAGCUUCAGGGAGGGCCGCCGCGCCUCAGACACCUCCCUCACACAAGGUCUGGUUGCGUUCCGGCAGCAUCUCCAGAACCUGGCACGGACCAAAGGCAUCCUGGAGCUGAACAAACAGAUGUACGAGCAGAUGGGCUCCGGGGAGGACCCGUCCUCCAUGAGGACCCUGGGGCCCAAUGCAAACCUGCAGAACCUGCUGGACCCCAUGCUGCAGCACGAGGAUAACUUAGCUUUAUACCAUGAUGGCGCCCAACCUCUACUGUCCCGAAGACAGAGCCUGGAGACACAAUAUCUUGCACACAGACUACAGAAAGCUAGUGUUAUGGCUAAUGUAAGUCCUGCUAGCUGCCAGCUCUUCUGUAAGGAGAAUCCUCGGAGUCUAGAACAACAGCUGCAGGAGCAUAGGUUGCACCAGAAGAGGAUGUACCUCCAGAAGCAGACCCACCUCCAAGCCUACUUUAACCAGAUGCAGAUAGUGGAGGGUUCCUAUCCAGGGGACCCAGGGGCCCCUCCACAGCAGCAGGGGGCCUUGGCUGGGGCCCACCAGCAGCAGGGCAGCUCCCAGGCCUCCCCUCCCUACACCCAGGCCCUCAGCCCCCUCAUGGAGCCCAGCGCCAACCUGGUCUACGACCCCAACCUGGUCUACGACCCCUACCUGGCCCAGCACUACCCCCACCCUCACUCCCACCUCAGCCCAGUACUCAUGCCCCCCAGCCUGGCCGGCCAGCUGCAAAACCAGCACCCCGAGGCCCUGGGCUACAGCUACCAGCUGUGUGACCACCAGGGCCAGUUCCACUCCCCCCAAGAGGCACUUUAUCCAGAGCAAUACGAGUUCCCCCUGGACCCCGGUCAGCCGCACCCGCCUGGCCCAGAAGAGGCCCCUGUUGCCGGGUACGAGGGGCUGGCGCUCCCCGCCGAGCUCCAGGACUCCUUUCUGGACAGCGAGAUGAUGGAGACUGUAGACUCGCAGCACGGCUUCGUACUGGUGAACUGAAGCCGGUAUAACUGUGGGGAGAAAGCAGUAUUACGUCGUAGAUGUCAUGGAGUGGAGUUGGGGGUCAAGGUACAGGGGAAAGGGGAAGUGUUUUUUUUUUGUAUCAAUGAAUACUAUUUUUUUGUUGUGGUGAACCAACCUCAGAACCUUUCUACCAAAGUCCUCCCCAUCUCCCUUCUUUCCACUUCUCUGUUCCCAUCAGCCCUAUGCCAGGACCCAGGCCUGGUGGCUGCCUGGGUGAUGGGGGCGUGCCAGCAUGGCUGGGUAUGUAUGUGUGGAUGGAUGGAUGUUGCCAUGAUGGGGCUGUCACGUGUGAAGUGAUAUCGCUCCACAGGAACACAACUGCCUCAAAGCUGACUGCAGCCGCAGCGGCCUAGUCGAGAAGGAGAGCUGGACGAUGCAAGAAAACUUAGCACAGUUUGGUCGUUUUUGGAAGACGUGCACAACGGAAUUUGGCUUACCGAAAGCACAAACCAAACGGCAAAGAUGCUAUUUUGUAUUGAAAUAGGACAAGAACUCUCAAAAACACGUUGCGUGUUUGACGUAGUAAAAAAAAGAACGAAGAAACGAGACAAAGUAAUGAAUUGAUGCGCGCUUGAUAAGUGCAGUAUUAGUCAAUAUUUGAUCAUGGCAAUAUUGAAGCAACAUAUCCAUCUGGGACUGGGGAGCCGCACAGGCUUCUUCCUCACCAGAAAGUUGUACUUUAAUGCGUGACAUUUUUUGGGAGAAUUCCAGUAUGAUGACUCACAGCCAACAUAUCCACAAUGACAGCUCAUCACCGCGUAGACCGUGAUGAUGUAAUCAGGAGAUAAUCCUCCCACCAAUCCCAUCGGAUAAAAGGGAAGAAAAAAAACUAACAGUACUCCAAUCAAUAUUUAAUGAAGAGAAACAUGACUUGUGUUCAUGUUCCUUAUAAAUCGGGUAGUUAUUUCCAACAAACUACUCGAAUCAGUUUGUAAGGCCGUUUGCUUCACUAGUAGCUCAAAUGAAUGUCAAGUUAAGUCCAAUCAAAUCAGUUUGCUGCACUAGUGUAGAGUUAGGUGAGAUUUUUAUCUCCAGAUUGUGACAUUAUACCUCCUGUGGUAUGCAGCUGAUGUGGUGGAAUAGCCUUAAAUACCUACUGGGUUUCUGAAGGUAUGUGUUUCUCUAACCUAAAGGUUGGUAUAAAAAAAGAAUAAGACAUGUAAGAACAGAACGUUAGUCACCCGACACUGGAUUAAUUGAGUCAAGUUUCACCAUGGCUCUCUUACAACAAGCUUAGAAUGAACACUUAACUUUUGAAUCUACUUGAAGCGUACAGAUCUCUGACGAAGAAAAACUAAUAGUACAAUACUUUUGAACAGAGCCCUAUUGGCUCUGGUCAAAGUAGUGCACUAUAUUGGGAAUAGGGUGGCAUUUGGGACGCAGCCAUAGACUAGACUACAGGAUUGUCUGUGGAAGUUGAAUUACUGGAGCACUUUUACGAGGAGGUAAAAAGGAAAUGUAGCUAGAGCGAGAGAAAGGUGGUGAUGGUGGUGGUCAGAAUGGUGUUUAGCCUAGUCUGCUGCUUCCCCGGGAGACUAAAACAAAAGCGAGGGACCCAUUCGCUGUCUCUUAUCCCAAUAAAUGGACACAAAACAUUUGGUUCUUUCAAAGAAAGACCAGAGAGAAUAACACUAUUGGUUGUUCAUUGUGCUUUGUACAAAUUAGGGGUUUAGAGACUCUCAAGAUGCAACAAAUAUUGUGUUGAGCGUGAAGUGUUCAGUGUGCCUUUUUACUUUUUUCUUUUUGAAUUAAGAUUAGAAUAUUUUAGCAUUUAUUUCUCGUUUUAAUUCCGUUCUGUUUUUAUUUUGGGGUAUCCUUUCCGGAAAUAAGUAGACCCAGGUUUUACAAAGGUACAAAACCAAAGUCCCCUCAGAAGUUUCCCUGUCCAACCACUCCAUGUGGAGUUAGGAGCUUCUUGGUUUUAGCUUCUUGACAGUGCUUUUUUGGUCAAUCAGUAUAUGCCAUUUAAAAAGUAUUAUAGCAAUAUUUCUAAGUAAUAGCAGAAGAUAUAAAGAACAUAAUGAAGAUUAGUAGUGGAUGUGUUUCAGUAUCAUAAUUGCACCUCCUGCUGACAAACACCUGUCGUUAGAAAAUCCAAUUUUAUAUUUACCAUUGAUGUUGACCACACAUAAGCUAAUUUGCUGUUGAGAUUAAAAAGGUUUAUCGAA